AACAAGUUUUCGGCGACAACUUCGUCCUCCACUAAGCACAACAACAGAAAUACUAGAUUGUCCUGACAACUGGAUUUCAUACGGACAGUCGUGUUAUUUCAUCAGUAACCAAUCGGCAAGCUGGCUAGAUGCGAUGAUUCGAUGUAAAAAACUGAACGGUUAUCUUGCCGAGAUUACAACUGCUGACGAAGAUCAGUUCCUGAAACACCAUAUUGAAACACGUGACAGACAAAAUAGUAGAGAAUGCUUCAGUACCUCUUCAAAUCAAUAUAGAGGCACUACAAAUACGACGUACGACGGGCACACGUGCCAGCGGUGGGAUUCACAAACUCCUCACAAACAUACACGAAAUCAACCCAACAUGUUUCCAGAGAGAUCUGUGGCAAAUGCUGCCAACUAUUGUCGAGAUCCCGACGGAGAAGGGUUACCAUGGUGUUACACAACAGACCCAAAAAUUAGGUGGCAGUAUUGUGGCAUAUACGAGUGUCCGGGUGGGAACUACUGGGCUGGAAUGGUCGUGCUGGAAGAUGUCUGGAAAUGGAUCCACACGGAGACUGAACUUGAUCAAGGUUACACUAACUGGUCUCUAACUAAACAAUACUGGGGCCUUUGCGGGGCAUUAAUUUCGGACUUAAAAUAUCAAUGGAAGAGAAGCAAAUGUUCACAUACGGCAAUGUACAUUUGCGAACAGACGAAAUAUCAAUAAGAAAGUUGUCGUCUGUUUCAGAACGCUUCGUGAAAUCAGACAUUAAUUGAACGCAGAACGCAGAACAAUGCUGCCAGCGUUCUUUGCCGUAAAAUGGAACUAUUUUACAACAAACAAUUCAUGAUCAUUUGAUAUAUUUUGUACAAAUACAUUAUAUUAUAAUCUUUGCU